AGAAUGUUUGCCGUUGCUCGAGCGAGCCGACACGGCGAGAAAGGUGGGGGAUAGCAACGAUUGCUAUAGUCAAUACACAGGCAGAACGGUUACACACCCGUCAGGUGUGCGUGUAUCGUGUGUGUCUGUCUGUACCUCCCUCUGGUCCGAUCUGCUCUGUGCGCGAUCUCACACGAUUCGUCAUCGCAGCCUAUAAACAAAGUGCAUCUCGCUGCAGAGCAAACCGCUCUGAUUACAUUCGCCAGGGUGUGAUCACUGGGUGUAACAAUUAAAACGCGUGGUGCACUCGUGGAUUCAGCAGCAGCAGCAGCAGUGGUCAGCGAGCGCGUUGUAGCGUUACACUAAAGCGCAAAGGUUUUCUUAAUUGCGGGAUGGCAGCAUAAAAGUGUGUCACAACAGUAAACGAUGUCAUCUGCACGCCCAGCAAUCAACCCUCCGUCGGUGGUCCAUUUUCAUCGCUGGCAAAGCUUGUCGGUGUGCGUGCUUACACUGCUCAGCAUCUGCGGUGGCCUGGCGGGAGCAGAAAAGCGAGCAUACUUUGGUUGCUACGAACGGGAUCGCUUUGCUAGGUUGGCCCUAACGACGGAACUUCUGGACGAAUGCGUCGAUAGCUGUGCGAACAGCUUCCACAGGUAUGCCGAACUGUCCGGCUCCCGGUGCAGCUGCACCAACACCAUCCAAACCCGAAUCGUGGAGGACCGGGAGUGCGAUCUGAAGUGUGGCAAGCAGCCGGACGCAAACUGUGGCGGAGUCAAUGCGCAGGCGGUGUACGAGACGGGCAUCGAUGUGGCCGGACCGGUGCGUAAUCUUCGCAUCGAGGGCGAGCAGAAGGAGGACACGAUCGCCAUCCGGUGGGAUCUGCCGGCCGACGACGGUGUGAUGGUGGAGGAGUUUGAGAUCGUUGCCGAGGCGACACGCACGUACGCCAGCUUCCGGAUAUAUCCGGUACGAUGGUCCGUACACAACACCUCGACCGGGUUCGAGCUGUCCAACCUGCAGCCCGGCACGGACUACAACAUUACGGUGGUGUCGGUGUCGGCUCGAGGGGCCGGCGGACGGGCCAGCAUUGCCGGCAGUACGGAGAUCGGCCACCCGGAUCCGGAACCUGAGGAGCCGAUCAUUCUGCGCCGGUUCGAAUCGACCAUACAGAUACAGAUCCCGCGGGCAGUGAAUGAUAACGGACCGGUCAAUUACUACCGCGUGGUGGUGCAUUACGUCAACAGCGAGCUGAUACAGCAGAUUGACGAAAGCCAGCUCGGCACGUUUCAGCAGUCGAAGGAAAACAAGGUCCCGUACUACAUCGCUGCAGAGCUGGAGAUGAAAGACGACGAGUCGCUACAGUUCACCGUGGGCGAUGGGCGCGAGUACCGCAGCUACUUUAACCCGCCGAUAACGGCCCGCACGCACGUGCACAUCUCGAUCGGGGUGGUGAGCAUACUGAACCAUGUGGUGAAGGUGCGGUACGCUACGACCACGCACGAGCAGCAUCAGUAUCCGGACCAUCAUCAUGUGAAUUUGAAAACGGUAGAAAUUGAACGAAAUGAAACACUUAUCGCGAUCCUCACCACUGCCUGCAUCCUGUUCGGUGUUGUACUGACCGGUGCGAUCAUUCUGUACGUGUAUUUGCACUUUAAAACGCCCGCUGCCAACACGCGCCCCUUCGGAGAUCAUCACGAGCUGACGCUGCAGGGCCCCAUACUUGAGGUGGAGAACAAUGGCUACAUGCCGGACAUUUACGAGCAGCGCGGCUUCGAAGCGGAACUGCGCGACAUCAUCGAGGGGCUGGAGCCGGCGAAAAACCACGCCCGGAAGUACCUGAGCUUGGACAUUAACCGGGUGCUGGGCAGCGGGAAGUAUGGCGACGUGCUGCUGGGAGCGUUGCAGCUGUCCCAGGAGCAGGACGGCGACAUGCCGGCCCAGGUGCACGUCAUUACGGACGAUAUGGAGAGCGUCGAUCAGAUAGCGUUUCUGAACGAGUUCCGGCGCCUAACUGCGCUCGAGGGCCACGCGAACGUGAUUCUGUUUUACGGUGUUUGCGUUACGCCCGACUGGUGCUAUCUGCUGUUCGAGCAGAUGCAAACCACGCUCAAGCAGACGCUGCUGAACGCACGCGUACCGGCCAGUGCGAACAGUGUGAAGUUUUCGACCAUCUCGGAAGAGAUAGUGGUGAACAUCCUCUGCUUGGUGUGCGAUGGAAUGCAGUUUUUAGCCGACAACAAUGUUGUAAGCAAAAAGCUGUGUGCCCGCACGGUGUACGUAAAUACCAAAUUCGAGGUAAAGGUCAGUGCCUUCGGGCCACCGCUUAAUGCCGAAGAUACCGGCAGCCCGAUUGCGAUCGGCCGCUGGCACGCGCCCGAGGUAAUCAAAUUCCAAAACCACUCCACCAAAAGCGACGUGUGGUCGUUCGGGUUGCUAAUCUGGGAGUGCUGCUGUCUCGGGGCAACGCCGUACGGCACCACGACGACGGACAAUCUCUUUGCGGCGAUACGUGCCGGCCACAAGCCGGAACGACCCAGCUUUAUGUACGAGGAUCUGUACCAGCUGUGCCUGAAUUGCUGGGAUCUGGACGCUAGCGAUAGGCCCAGCUUUGACGAUUUACGGCGCUAUCUGCGACAAACGCUACCGAUGCUCCGGUAUCUGCUGUCGUUUGAGCGCAAGCAGAAUGUGCAGCUACCACCGUACUUACCUCACCUCGAGGCAGCAUCUGAAUGAACGGCCCAGGAGGGGGGGAGGCCAGCCCGUGAACAGUAUUUUCGAGAAAUGCAACUUCAUUCCGUCCAGUUCUGUACUGUAGAGCCCCAUUCCAUGUCUUACCUCUAAUGUGAGAGACCUUUUUUUUACUUUGAAGUUGGUACGUUUUAUUGAUCAUUUUUAAACAAUAAAUAAAUAACGUUUUUGUAUUAACA